AGCAUCCCAGAAUCUCUAACAGCAAGAUUACUAAACAUCAUCGUAUUAGAUGUACACUCAAAUCAGCUGAAAUGUCUUCCUCACUCUAUUGGUUGUUUGACUAAGCUCAAGAUUUUAAAUGUCUCUGGAAAUCUCAUCUCUAUGCUUCCUAAAACUCUUGAGAGUUGCAGAUCCUUGGAGGAACUUAAUGCAAAUUUCAACAAGCUAACAAAGCUAUCAGACACAUUAGGGUUUGAAUUAACAAACCUAAAGAAGCUGUCUGUAAACUCCAACAAGCUUGUUUAUUUGCCACACUCCAUUUCCCACAUCACUUCCCUUAGAAUCCUUGAUGCUCGUUUGAACUGCCUCACCUCUCUCCCUGAUGACCUUGAAAACCUAAUCAAGCUUGAAGUCUUGAAUGUCAGCCAAAACUUCCACCACCUUCAAGCUUUGCCCUAUUCCAUUGGCCUCCUCUUCUCUCUCGUGGAGCUCGACAUUAGCUACAAUGGAAUAACCUCCCUCCCCGACUCCAUUGGCUGCCUAAAGAGGCUCCACAAGCUUUGCGUCGACGGCAACCCCUUGUCGUCCCCGCCCCCGCUCGUGUUCCAGCAGGGCCUGCAUGCAGUCAAGGAGUAUCUGAGCGAGAAGAUGAAUGCGGGGCACCGGAGCCCGCGGAAGAAGAAGUCGUGGGUCGGGAGGUUGGUUCGUUAUGGAACCUUUAGCGGUGGAUAUGGCUACUUCAAAACUAGUGAGCCGCGUGAGGAUCGGGAAGCCUUCAUGUUGUCUCAGUAUCGCUCCAUCGAUGGCCUCACUUCACCGAGGUACAUGGCGCCAGGAAUGUUCUCCCCACGUCGCCUCUUCUCUUCUCGAGGUUAAUUAUUUCACUAGAUGAGGUCAAGAGUACAGUGGAGCGCAGGACAGGAGUCAGGAGUAAUAGCCCCUUUUAGUUCGUCUUAGAUUUUUAAAGCUAAUUACUUUCUAAUUUGCUCCCUUAGAAUGUAAAAUUUUGUGUCUCUUUUAUGAAAGUUUUUGGCCUCUCCCUCCUAUAGGGCUCUUACAUGUAUCAAAGCAUGUUACUUUAGGAAGAGAGAUUAAUCUUCAUGUUAUCAUCUUCUGAUGUGAAGUCUAUAUAGCUAGAGGAAGUUAUUGCUAAAGUAUAAGUUGUGUAUCAGACUAUGGAUUCUAAGAUAUGUUUGUAGCCUUCUUUA